AUGUCUGUCGUUAGCCAAUCACAGACAAGUAUGCCUCAGCAUCCCGCAUUCGGUGCAAAUCAAAGCCAGUACGCUUAUCAGGGCGCGUACGACGGUGGCGACAACCACGCACCCAACAUGCGCGGCGCAAAUGUAGGACGCGCUCAGAGUGCACAAGCGCAGAUGCAGACGCAGGGCAUUCUCAAAACGCCCGCCGAAACACCCUAUGAUCCCCCCAUGAACCGCUCAGCAUCCACCUCCGACGGCCACGAGCGCCGACGGGCACCCCCUCCCCCGCUCUCUCAGGACGCGCGCUUCGCAGGUCCCGCGAUCAAUGGCACGGGUAUGACAUUCGGCGACAUUCUGCCUGCGAACGUGCUGGGUUCCGCACCGCCGAUGGAUGGCAAGAAAGUCAAGUCGCCGUCCCCGACACAUAGCCGAUUUGGAUCGCGCUCGCCACCGACGAGCCCGAGCCAUGGCGCUUCGGGCUUCAAGUCCAGCUUCGAGGGACACGGAGCUCCGCCUUUGUCGCCGAAGAAGACGUUCAAGAGCGCGGCCAAGUCCGUCGGGAUUGCGGCAAUCUUCGGCAGGAAGAGUCGCGAUUCUGGGGAGGUGCGCGGCUCGUAUGAACGGGUGGAGACGUAG